AUGUCCUCCAAUAUCACCAGCCCCUCUAACAAAUCAAACAGCGCUGUUGCUGGUGAAAACACCACCGCGUCGCCCUCGGGCAAGGGCAAGGGCAAAGCUGUAGACGUCUCCAACGAAGAGGAGGACGAGGAAGAGGAAGAGGAGGAGGAGGACGAGGAGAUGCAAUCUGGUGAAGAAGAGGAGGAGGAGGAAGAAGAGGAAGAAGACUUCGAAGAGAUCGAUCCAAGCGCCAUUCUCCCGACCGGGCGCCGCACCCGCGGCGUCAAAGUCGACUACACCUCCCAAGAAGCACUCGCCAAAGCCGGUCUGCAGGCCAACGACGACGGCGACGAUAGCGAUGAGGAUGUUGAGAUGAAGUAG